AUGAAGUGGAGAGAGUUAUUACAGGAAACCGUCAGCCCAGACAUCCAUUACCUAUCACCAGCUGUUGCCUCUGUUGUUUUCUGUCUGUUAGUCAUGCUUCUUUGUGUUAUUAUGCACAAUUUGUCCAAUGUAAUCCUGCCAGGAUCAAUCAAAUUGUAUGCCUUGGAUUUUUUCAAGAGUAUUGCCAUAUUUACAUAUCCUCUUGCAUUUGGUCUUACAAGGACUUACCAUGGCCACAUAGGUUACUGUGUAAUAAUGGUUCCAAUCAAUGUGAUAUCAUUACUGUUGAUGACUGAAGGUAGUAUUAGUCCUGUUGAUAACUUUCUGUUUGUUAUAAAAGGCAAGCAGACAUUAUGGAGGUCUGUUUUACGAAUUGUUAUUCAAGUUAAUGGUGCGAUUUCAGCCUUUUACCUCGCUCAGAAGAUUAUGCAGUUGGAAUUUCAUGAAGAUUUCAAAUACAUGCUAUCAAAUGCUUGUACAUCAGACUUGAAAGUCACUGUAUUUUUAGGAUUUUUGUUGGAGAUGAUGGGAACUGCAUGGGAUAUGUGGAUAUGGUCACUCCCAUUGUCCAGAUAUCAUGGUAUCAACCUCUUAAUUAAAAUGACCAACAGUGCACUUGUUGUAUGUUCAGGCGUGCAUUAUACUGGAAUGUACAAUCAACCUGCCCUGGCAACAGGGUAUACAUUUGGAUGUCAUGGAACCUCUAAUGCAGAACAUGUUUUUGUCUAUUGGAUUGGACCUUUUAUUGGUGGAUAUGUAGCUGAUUACAUUACAGAAAAUUUCAACACUAAACUGUUUAGCAAAGAAGUAAUGAAGAAAGAUUUUAACAAUGGUAAAAGCAGGGAUCAAGAAGAAACGAAAAAGACCUCAACAAAGAAUCUCAAGGAGAAAUACAACUAGGUUAUAAUUCGCUUUAAUUUGUAUGUAUUUUAUCUACUUAGCAUGAAUAGAGAUCACAUAUAUGCUGUCUGCCAAAAACUUGCAUUGAAAUUUUCCCUUGAAAGGUGUUUUUGUUUUGCAUCUGGUAUUUAAAAACUUUAAAAUCCUGAUCUUUUAUAAACCUUAACUUUGGAUGAUCACAAAAAAUUUGUCUGUUAGAUAAAUUACUAUUUCAAAUUUCUUCUUGAUUGCUUCCAGCUAGAAAAUGCAGUGAGGCCAAAUUGCCAAACUUGCUCCAUAUCCACAAUUUUCCAUUAAAGUUUAGAUACUGAUAAAAAUAACAAACCACUUUUGCCAACAAGAUAUAAAAAUAUGAAGAUGUUAUAUGAUUGCCAAUGAGACAAAGAUUUAGUAUGAUUAUGACAUGACAUAUGUACGACAAUUCAAACGAGAAAUCUAACACCCUGAUUCAUGUACACCACAAUAAUCAAAGAAAAAUAUAAUAUACAGCAACAAACAACAAUCACUGAAUAUUUUAUAGGCUUCUGAAGUUCUGACUUAGAACAGGCACAUACAGAAUGUGAAGGGGUUAAACCUGUUUGAGGGCACCCAGAACUCAUUUAGUUAUGUUUUAAUUUAUUGAUACAAAUCAAUGUUCAAAAAGAUUGAAACAAUAUUAAAAGAUCUAAUUAUAGCGUUAAAUUGACAAACUUUUAGAAUAAGCUUACCGGGUAUUCAAAAAUUCAAUAAACUUACUUUUUUUAGAUUUUUAUAUCAUUAUUUGUUUAGGGUUUGACACUAAUUCAUUAGUGCACAAAUAUUGCUGUGGGGAUAUGAUAUAAGUAUGUUGAAACUGUUUGUUUUUACUCUGACAUCUUACAGAAAUUUAAAAUAUAGGUGAUUGGACUUUUUGAAAUUAAAAAAAUGAAUGUCAGUUUGUUAAGCAUAUUAUGAAAGAUAUAAAGAUUUUAUUUUAUUUGUAUUCCUUAGUAAGUUUUCUUUCUGUAUGUUUUGUUCACAUUUGUUAUAAGUCUUAUUGUUUCCUAGAUAAACGUUUGUGCAGAGGUGACCAGUGUUUCCAAUUGUAAUUUCAUGUAAAUUCAAUUAUGGUGAUGAAUCUUUCAAUUUUAUAUGAGACCUGUAUGUGUUACUCAAACAGGUUUGACCUAGCUCAAAUGAUUUAUUAAAGUCACACAUGGAGGCUUUUUUGAUUACUGGAAAGCUGUCACACACUUUAUUCGUAAAUAGUACUGUUUAUGGACAUUUUCUGCAAGUUAUCCAUUAACUGGGUUGGAUCGUUUUUGGUGCCAAACCUUGGUUACUAGUAUUAUUAAGAGAAAUCCAUUUAGUUAGCUUUAACCAAAUAACAGAUAUUUUUUUUACUCUUUUUAUCUCAUUGUAUUUUUAGUUAUGUGAAACUAAAGUUCAUUCAUCUGUAUGACCUGUCUUCAGCGCACCUUUUAACCACAUACUGGUUAUGAUAUAUUUUGAUGAGAAUGUCACAAAAUGUUUAGUGCCUAAAGGAGAGUGCAACUCCUAGUUUCAUUUUGAACAGAAGGAUUUUUUCACAGGGUUUUAGAAUUGAAGGAUAUAAAUGUUGGAUUUCUGAUAAAAAAAAUCUAAAUUUCAUAAUUUAUUUAUUAAUUUACCAAAUAGGUUUGAUACAAGUGGUAUUUCCUAAUCUGUAAUCCUCAUCAUAAAACUACCUUCUUUUGGAAAAUGUGGAUGUUAGUCUUAUAAUUUGGAAUUACAAAUGUAUAAGAGAAUAACACAUGCCAGUCACGUAAGGUCUUCAUUGAAUUAUAAAAAGACAACAUCAUAGCAGACUCUCUCAGAUAUUAAAUUUUGUAGACCUGAAUAGCAUAUGAAUGUAACUAUGAUGAGGAUAGGCAUGUUAAACAUACAUUUUUUUUUGUAUAUUGGAAGAAGUUCGAAUUUAACUUGUUUUAUUGUCAGUUCAUGAGGAACUUUUAACAUUUGAAAAUUAAGAAGUCCCCCCCCUCCCCCUUCAUGUAUAUUUUUGACAUUUGUAAAGUUUUAUCUGUUACUUGUCAUUAAUUCAGGACCAGUAAAUAUUUUAUAAAUUUCUAACAAUAGCUAAUUCACAUAUUCCUCAGGUAUUUAACUAACAGUUUUUAUUGUGAAACUGGUGAAAAGGCAUUUAAAAAACAUUAAGUACAAAGGACUUAACAGUAAAUUUGGAUUUUCUUUUGAUCAGCUAGAGGUGUUUUCAAAAAGAAAAUGUUGAUAUUUCCCUCAUUGGAACAGGAAUUAUGAUAAAGAAAUGAAUUUCUAACAAUAGUUAAUUCACACAUUCCUCAGGUAUUUGACAAACAUUUUUUAUUGUAAACUGGUGAAAUAACAUUAAAAAAAUAUUAAGUACAAAGUACUUUACAGUGUAUGGGUAUUUUUUUUGUGUUCAGCUAGAGGUAAUUCUACCUUACCUCAACAUUUUUCAAAAGAAGAUGUUGAUAUCACCCUAAUUGGAACAGGAAUUAUGAUAAAGAAAUAACAUUGAUAUUAAAACAUUUACGUGAAAAUAGGACUGUCAUAAAAUGUUAGAUAGAUGCCUAUAGUUUUCAAUACUGUAUUUAAAAAUUAAAAAUGUUAUUGACUAUUAAUAAUGAUUUACAUAUAUUCUUACCAAUGAUACUUAAAAUGAUUCAACUGCAUCAAUUGAAAACAUUAAAAGGAUUGAACAUUUUAAAUAUAAAAGAAGAAUAUUGAUAAUUUUAAGUUUCUUAUUGUGAAUAUUUUUAUGUUACUCUGCAAUUCACAUUUAACAUAAAAGACAUCAAUUUGAUCAUUAUUCAAACAGAAAACUCUCUGAGCUUGACAAUAAAGAGUGCGGGUCUAUUACAUUUAGUGCUUGAACUGAACCUUUUUAUGUCAUGUUAUUGAUAAUGUGAUUUUUAAGAUUUGACAUUGUUUAUGAGGCUUCUAAACAUAUUAAAAACUUUCAAAAUGUCAGUAUGGACGAACAUUUUUUUGCAAUUAUAAAAUGUGAUACAAUCCAGCAACUAUGUAGAAUAUUAUAUAAAAUCUUCCUUCAAAGUAAACUGUUUUUAGAUUUAUGAUCCAAAACUUAAAAAGAAAAGACUUUAAUUUUAAUAGAUUCAUUUUGAUAUUUACCCUCCAAAAUUUUUAAUUAUUCCAGACAUUUCAUUUUAAAAUAUAAAUGCUUUGUUACAAUGUUUUUAUAAUAAAAAAUAAUAAUCAUCAUUUAUGGUGGUAUAGUAGUAUAAACAAAAAUGAUAGAAUACUUUGCCAAAAAGAAGUACAUAUUAUGUUCAAAAAUAUAAUAAAAAUGAUGGGUCACAGAGCUUGUUUUCAAACUACAGAAAAAAACAAAAUAUGAGAAGAUAGCUCUUACAAAAUGUUUUUAGAAUAUAGAAAGAAAAAAUUGUGUCACCGUACAUUUAUUCCUGCUAUAACAUACAUAUAUAGAUAAUUUGUAAUUUUCUAGUCAUAUUGAUUUGAAAAGUCUUAACAGACAUGUAUGCUUUAAACAUAGCAAUUGAUGUAAAUUGAACACAUCGGUUAAAGAAUGACCUUCAUUAAAGGUGAAGGAAAAGUAAGUGUACCAUAUUUUUAUAAGAUUCUGCAUACAUUUUGAUGAAUUUGGAAAUGAAAAAUUACAUUUUUUUUUAAAAUCAAGUUCAAAAUGCUGAUGAAGAAUGUAAAAUUGAAUAAAAAUUUGUGACAGCAUAUGUUUUCUGUUAGUAUCCCUUAAGUCAAUAUGAUUGAUUAGGAACUUGAUGCUAUUAUUUUUGGUUCAUAAUGUAGUUAUGAUUUGUUUUCUAAUGCUAAUUUAAUGUAUUCAAUAUAGAUUGUUAUCAAAGCUACACAGUUAUAUAGAUGAAUUGGCUGUAUAUGUAUUAUAUUUUUAGUUUUCCUUUUUUUUUCUUCUGAGUUGAAUACUAGUAUCUACUUAAUGCUAAAUAAAUACUUACUAUUACUUAAAAGUUCUAAAAUUAUGUUAACUACUUAGUUUACAUUUUAUGGUGUUACUUAUAUGUGGGAAAUAUUGGAGAUAUCCAAAUUAUUUCGUGAUGUUGUUUUUAUUAUCAUGUAAUAUUGUAUGACAUGUAUGUUUGUCUUGCCCACCAGUCAAUACCAGUAUGUGUUUAUCAUCUUUCUUGUGUUUGUAAUUUGACGAAAUCCUGAAAAACACAAUGUCAUUAAUCAUAAAAUACAAGUCAAGUUCGAUUUGCUGAUUUGUCAUUUACUGUUCAAGAGUUAUUCCUUUUAGGAACCUAAAAGUUUAGAGGCUUUUUUUUAGGUGAAAAUGGAAGUACCGUUUGGCACAAACAUAUUUUACCCUUUUACACAAUGUUAUGAAACAUAACAUACAGGUCACAUUGAAUUUUAAUUUUAACUUUGGAAUUUAUUAUAAAUGUCAGCCUUAUAAGUCUAAAUCACAAUUUGAUGACAUAUUUUCCAUAUCUCUGAAAUAACUUUAAAAACUGUAAAAAGUUUGCCAACUGGAGACAAGAUUAUUAAUCUAUUUGAUAAACAAAACCUACGUCUCAUUUUCCUGGCUAAUUCUAAAAAAUCUGCCUUAAUAUUUUUUCUGAUGUGAAAUGUAUUAAGGCUCAGAACAAAUUUAGUUCCUUUGCUCAGUAGGAGCAUACCUGCCAACAUUUCAUAAUGCCCAUGGGGGUUUAGCGUGCAAGAUGGCUCUCAUUGUCCCACCAAACCUUUUAAAGGGGCCUUCAAAUUUAUUUUAAUGAUGUUUAUUUGCUUCUUCAUACUUUUACAAUCAUAUACCCAUGCUAAAAUUGAUUGUUUUGUUUUAAAUUGUGGACAAAAUUGCUCUUUUAAAAUUUCCAAUUGGGAGCCUCCAUGGGGAAAAUCCCCCACCAAUAGUGACAGUUGGCAGGUAUGUAGGAGGAUCUCUUCAUUAGAUAAUUUUGUUCUGGUAAAAUUAAGAAUAAAAUUCUUAUUGAACUCAGCUCUAGUUCUCUUACUUCUUAGGAUUUUUGAAUUAACCCUUCUCUUGCGAUUUAUUAAUAUAUAAGAUUUUCUAAAGCUUCUGCAAUCCAUGCUGAUAAUGAAUAUAACUGUCGAGAAGGAAACAACUUACUCUGAUUAAAGUGUUGAGUUUAGCUAUGUAUGUUGGUUGAGGGAACUCUUGUUUAUAAAAUUAAAAAAAUUACCGUCAGUUUGUUAAGCAUAUUAUGAAAGUUUUAAAGAUUUUAUUUUAUUUUAUUUGUAUUCCUUAAUAAGUUUUCUUUCUGUAUGUUUUGUUCACAUUUGUUAUGAGUCUUAUUGUUUCCUAGAUAAAGGUUUGUGCAGAGGUGACCAGUGUUUCCAAUUGUAAAUUUAUGUAAAUUCAAUUUUGGUGAUGUUCUUUCAAUUUUAUAUGAGACCUGUUUAUGUUAAUCAAACAGGUUUGACCUAGCUCAAAUGGUUAAUUAAAGUCACACAUGGAGUUUUUUUUUAAUCCUGGAAAGCUGCCACACACAUAAACACUUUAUUCGUCAUCAGUACUGUUUAUGUACAAUUUCUGCAAGUUAUCCAUUAACUGGGUUGGAUCGUUUUUUGUGCCAAACUUUGGGUACUAGUAUUAUUAAGAGAAAUCCAUUUAGUUAGGUUUAACCAAUUAACAGAUGUUAUUGUUUAUCUCAUUGUAUUUUUUAGUUAUGUAAAACAAAAGUUCAUUCAUCUGUAUGACCUGUCUUCAGCACCUUUUAACCACAUACUGGUAAUGAUUUAUUUUAAUGAGAAUGUCACAAAAUGUUUAGUGCCUACAGGAGAGUGCAACUCCUAGUUUCAUUUUGAACAGAAGGAUUUUUCACUGGGUUUUAGAAAUGAAUGAUAUGAAUGUUGGAUUUAAAAAAAAAAAUCUCGAUUUCAUGAUUUAUUUUUGGCUCACAUGGCCUUUUUCUCAUCACUUGGAAUCCGUCGUUGUCUGUUAACUUUUACAAAACUCUUCUCCUCUGAAACUACUGGGCAAAAUUUAACCAAACUUGGCCACAAUCAUCACUGGGGUAUCUGGUUUAAAAAAUGUGUCCGAUGACACCGCCUUCCAACCAAGAUGGCCUACAUGGCUAAAAAUAGAACAUAGCGGUAAAGUGCAAGUUUUGUCUAUUGUUUUGAAAACCAUUAUAAAUAGAGAAAAUCUGAAGGGGAGUCAAAAAUGUUCAGAAUGUUCAGCUCUACCAAUUGUCCAUAGAAGUCAAAACUGUCAGACGACUUAUUACAGGAGUUAUUGCCCUUAAAUGACAAAUUUUACCAUUUUUUUUCUCAUUUUUGUCUACUGUCUUUUAAUCGCAAAAAUUAUCAGCAAGACAAGUUCUACAAAUAAGUUCUUCACGGUCGACAUCGUCAGUCGACUCCUUAUUGGAGUUAUUGUCCUUCGAUGAAGAUUUUUACCAAUUAUUUUCGUUUUUGCCUUAUAUCUUAAAAAUGAUAAUAGAUAAAUAGAAACUUAAAUAAGCAAAAAUGAUCGGCUGGACAAGAUCUACAAUUAAGAUUAAAUGGGGGAAAUCGUCCGCCGACUCCUUUCAUAAUGACGAUUUUCACCAUUUUAUUUUUGCAUUUUGCCUUAUAUGAUAAAAAUAGUUAAAUAGACAUUUUAAAUCACAAAAAUGAUCAGCAAGUCAAGAUCUACUAUCAAGUCAAAAUUUGCUAAUAUAAUUAGUAGACUGUCACUCUUUAUAGGAGUGAUUACCCUUAAAUGACGCUUUUUUUGUGUUUUGAGCAAAAACUAAAGAAGAUAAUUAAAAGCUAAACAGAAUAAAUGAUCAGCAAUACAAGAUCAACAAAACAGAGAUUUUUGUCAUGAAUUCUAUUCACAUCUACAAUGUUGGAGAGUGUCCUUUGUUGAAUAUGCACAUAGACCAAUGUGAGCGACACAGGCUCUUUAGAGCCUCUAGUUUAAUUUGCCAAAUAAGCUUGGUACUAGUGGUAUUUCCUAAUCUGUAUUUCUCAUAAAACUACCUACUACUCAUAGCAGACUCUCUCAGAUAUUAAAUUUUGUAGACUUGAAUAGAAUAUGAAUCAUAUCUAUGAUGAGGAAAAGGCAGGUUAGACAUACAUUUUUUGUGUAUAUUUCAAGAAGUUCGAAUUGAAUCACUAGUUUUACACCAAUUUAAUGUCAAUUCAUGAGGAACUUUUAACAUUUGAUAAUUAAGAAGUCCCCCCUCCCCCUUCAUGUAUGUUUCUGACAUUUGUAUAGUUUUAUCUGUUACUUGUCAUUAAUUCAGGACCAGUAAAUAUUUGAAUGAAUUUCUAACAAUAGUUAAUUCACACAUUCCUCAGGUAUUUGACAAACAUUUUUUAUUGUAAACUGGUGAAAUAACAUUAAAAACAUAUUAAGUACAACGUACUUUACAGUGUAUGGGGAUUUUUUUUUGUGUCCAGCUAGAGGUAAUUCUACCUUACCUCAACAUUUUUCAAAAGAAGAUGUUCAUAUUGCCCUCAUUGGAACAGGAAUUAUGAUAAAGAAAUAACAUAGAUAUUAAAACAAUUGCGUGGAAAUAGGACUGUCAUAAAAAGUUUGAUAGAUUCCUAUUGUUUGCAAUACUGUAUUUAAAAAUUAAAACUGUUAUUGACUUUUAAUAAUGCCUUAUUGAUUUUCUUCGUUGACAUAUUUGUUUGCUUCUAUAGUGAUUAAGAUUAUAAGACAAUGUUGACUGCUGUACCCCUAUUUUUGACAUUUUUCCCUAUUGUGUUUGUUUUGUUCACACAUUGUUGUCAAUAUAAUGGAAUUUUAUGCGACUGUCAUACAAAUGAGAGGUUUACCUAGCUAUAAAACCAGGUUUAAUCCACCAUUUUUCUACAUAAUAAAAUGCCUGAACCAAGUCAGGAAUAUGACAGUUGUUAUCUAUUCGUUUGAUGUGUUUGAGCUUUUGAUUUUGCCAUUUGAUUAGGGUUUUUCCGUUUUGAAUUUUCUUCGGAGUUCAGUAUUUUUGUUAUUUUACUUUUUACAUAUAUUCUUACCAAUGUUACUUAAAAUGAAUCAACUGCAUCCAUUGAAGACAUUAAAAUGAUUAAAAAUUUUAAAUAUAAAAGAAGAAUAUUGAUAAUUUAAAUUUCUUAUUGUGAAUAUUUUUAUGUUACUCUGCAAUUCACAUUUAACAUAAAAGACAUCAAAUUGAUCAUUAUUCAAACAGAAAACUCUCUGAGCUUGACAAUUAAGAGUUCAGGUCUAUUACAUUUACUGCUUGAUAGACGAGCGACAUUAACCAUAAAUUUUUAUUUUUAAUGCACCUACCUAACAUACGGCUAAAUCAUAUACCAUCCGAAAGCACAUCACCUGCACUACCUUUUUUGCCCGGUCGUCAAAAAUUCGUAUGGUGCAGUUUCCGUCACAUCACAACAAAAGGUCAAGGGCGGACAACUUCUAAUUUUACUAGAAGUCAGCAUUUUUGCAUAUUCUGUCUUCUGAAUAACGAUAUUCUGUAUGUACAUAUGGAAAUCUCUUAGAACAGAUGUUAAUAGUUACUUAUCAAAAGCACUUUGAAAUAUAAGUGUCGGAUUUUUAAUGAAUAGCGCUGUUUUUCAGAAAUUCCGUUGAAAAUGACAAAAAUACAUGGAUAUCAAAUUUUAUGUCCGUAAUUCAACUGUUAUUCACCAUAAAAUCAUAUAACAUAUUUCAUUUAGUGCUAAGGGUGUUUUUGACAUCAUUAAAUUACUGCAAUUACUCUUCUUGUUGAUUAAACAGCCAAUUAU